AUGGCCCACGGCUGGGUCGUCCGCCCAAGGACAGCCGCGACGACGCCAGCUGCUCUACUGGACGAUCUGGAGCUGACCGCGCAGCGGAAUCUAGCUUUAGCUCGUCUAAACUCCUCGCCUCUGCCACCGAUCCAGACGAACCAUAUGAACAGUAGCGGUAACAACGCGACGGGCAACGGACCCAACAAUGUAGGACCCACGACCGCUGCCGAGCAGUCACUGUAUAGUCAUCUAUACGGCAAAGAGAUGGGUUUGAUGAGAAAGCUAAGCAAUAUCGACGAUUAUCCAAACCACGUCGCUGCAGCCGCGGCACGCAAUUAUCAGCAACUGUUGCAACAUCCGGACAGUGUCAUACCACCGGGUGCCGCUCAUCAAAUGCAACAAAACUUUGCCGCCCAUCCCCAUGCGGCCAAAUUCAAUCAGUUCAAUUAUCCAAAUCCGGGUGGUCUGCUGAAACCUUGCUACGAUUACACUGGCCAACAGCAGCAACAGCAUCAUAUGCAAUCCCACCAGACAGCAUCGGGAACGGCCGGAACCGCCACAUCGGUAUCCAAUCAACAGAUGAAAAAGGAAAUAUUUAAUCUAAGUGGCAGCAAUGGAGCUGAUUUGUAUACGCCUCAGCAUCCACCGGUCACGUCAUCACCGGCAGCAACGGCCAACGGACCAACCAACACCACCGCCGCCUCGUCAAUGGCCAACGGAGGUGGUGGUUCGUUGUCGUUCAUGAAUCUUCAUCAGCCAUCAUCCGCAGCUGCAGCAGCCGCCGCCGCAGCCGCUGCUGCCAUGUAUGUCAAUCAUUUCAACACUGGUGGCCCUAAUGGUGCAGGUGCUGCUGGCAAUCUCUCCACAAUGGACAACGGUGACAGUCUAGCCGAUUUCAAUCCGAUGCGUAAUUCAAACAAUUCCGUCAACAACACCGGUCCACCUAACUCCUCCGCCAACGGCAGUAACAACAGUCUUAUCAAAUCCGCUGAAUCGGUUCUACUGGCAAGAAGCUCAAUUAUGAAUAAUUUAAACAAUAAUCUUAAUAAAAUCGAACCAAAUACCGAUACCACACUUAACGAUAAUAACAAUAAUCCACAUAAUCAUCACCAUCAGCAGCAACAAGGCCACAAUCAUCUCUCCGCACACCAUCAGCAGCACCAGCCGGGCGGUCACGGUGGUCACCAUCCAUCGUUUCAUCACCAGAUGAACCCGAUGGGUGGUGGCGGAAUGGGAGGCGGUGGAUCCGGUCCUGGCAAUAAUGACGAUGAUAACGAUAAAUUAUCGUCACCAUUAACGGGCACCUCUACGCUUACCAAUCCCGAUUUGAACGACCCGGAGAACGAUAGCAAUGAUGAUGGGUACACAGUACUGUAG